AUAUGCAUAUAUCUUGCUAGUGUUAGAAUGCAGCAUAUCUUGUAUAUAAGCUACAAAUUUCUACUUUCAAAAGACUGUAUUGAAUUGUUUUAUACACAAGUAAUCAUUAAUGAGAAAGAAUGCAACUACGCAGUACUCUGCUUGUUACUUUCGACGGUAUACACUAGAUUCAAAAAAUGUACAAUUAUGUCUGAGCUAGGUGUUUGUCUGUAAACCACAUUCUCUGUAUCAGUUGUCCUGAUUUUUACCAUCUAAAAACGACAGAUGCUUUCUUCUCUCUUGGUGCCUCAGCUGUUACUAUCUUAUUCUUCAAGGUUUUAGGGUUAUUUUUUGUAGGUACCACUGUGUCAUCACAGGUCUUUGGGUUCUAGAUCCAAUUGACUUGUUAAUCCGUACUUUUCAUGCUUAAAACAUCUGAAUCUGGCUAAAUUUAGCAGAGGCUAAAAAACACUAGGUACUUCAUGAGCAGGAGAUGGGGCUGGUAACCCCCUUAUCAUUUUGUUUAUUUCAGAUUGCGGAGUUGUCAAUUGGCUGGAUGCAUUGAUUCAGAGAUUGGUUUUAGCAAUGAUGUUUCCAAAACGGGCAAGAUAUACUGAUGACCUCGCCGGUAGCUGCUCCUUGCACUCAGACGUCCAACAUGGUACAUGACACGGUGGAGACCAACCAGCUUGCAUGGCCUUUCGGGACUCCCAUCAUCGAUGGCCUCGACCAAGAUGACCUUCGCAUGGCUGCAUACGAGAUCUUCUUCACAUCAUGCCGCUCCUUGCCUGGCUUUGGAGGACGAACCCCUCUUUCAUUCCACUCCUCUUCCACUGAAUUUGAUCUUCAUGCCAGUUCCCCCAGGCCCGGCUCCCCUGUCACAAGCAACAUCAAGAAGGUCUUGGGAUUGAAGACGCUUAGGCGGUUGCCAUCGUAUAGGAGGACUGAUUCGUAUGGCUCCAAUCCAGACUCGCCUGCAGGUUCACCCUUGGAACUUGACGCCUCAGGAAGUCCGGGGUAUUCUCAGUUUUCGCACCCUAGGCAGAGACGCCCUGCGGAGAUUAUGAGGCAACAAAUGAGGGUCACAGAGCAAAGUGAUAAUAGGCUCAGGAAGACGCUCAUGAGGACUCUUGUUGGCCAAACAGGGAGGAGGGCAGAGACAAUAAUUCUUCCACUAGAGCUGCUUCGCCAGCAAAAGCCUGCUGAAUUCAGUAGUCCAGUGGAGUACCAUGUAUGGCAAAGGCGUCAACUCAAGCUUCUCGAGGCAGGGCUACUCCGCUACCCUUCAAUCCCAGUUGAUAAAACAAAUGAAUUUGCAAUUCGUCUUCAAGAAACGAUCAAUGCUUGUGAGUCAGAGCCAUUAGACACUGACAGAAACUCCAGAGCAAUGAAAGCUUUAUGUAAUGAUGUAGUCGCACUAGCAUGGAGAAGCCCUGAUGGAUCAGCAACUGAUGUUUGCCACUGGGCUGAUGGAUAUCCCCUCAACAUACACUUAUACACAGCUCUUCUCUACUCAGUUUUCGACUUGAAGGAUGGUACAUGUGUGCUUGAUGAGAUCGACGAGCAUUAUGAACUUGUAAAGAAGACAUGGACUACUUUGGGGAUCGAUAGGUCCAUUCACCAAGUGUGUUUUUCUUGGGUGCUUUUCCAUCAAUAUAUUAAGACCGGCCAAGUGGAGGCUGAUCUUCUUGGAGCUUCACUUGCUGUGCUGGCAGAGGUAGCGAAUGAUGCAAAAAAGGCGGAUCGUGAGCCUAUAUAUGUGAAGAUGUUAGGCCAAGGAUUGAAGUCCAUGAAAAAAUGGUGUGAUAAGAAACUGCUUGAUUACCAUGCUAAUUUUAGUAGGGAAAAUAUGGGGCUGAUGGAGAGCAUGUUACCACUGGUUUCUACAGCUACCAGGAUCCUGGAAGAAGAUGUCCCGGAUUAUACUUUAACUUCACAUGAGGAAGAUGAUGACACAUCUUCCGAUUCAAGGGGAAAUAGAGCUGAUCUUUAUAUAAGGUCAUCAUUAACAAAAGCAUUCACAAAGAUGCUUGAUGAUGGAAAUGUUAAUGUCGAUGUGGUUGAAGUGGAAGAAGUCGGUGAAGCCCUUCUUCAUUUAGCUCAGGCCACAGAGGAAUUGGCAACGAUGGAGAAGGAAACUUAUAGUCCUUUGCUAAAGAAGUGGCACUCGAUUCCAGCAGGUGUUGCAGCUGUGACACUACACACUUGCUAUGGAACCUUACUGAGGCAAUACUUAUCUGAUUCACCCUCACUUACAAAUGAGACGCUUGAAGUUUUGCAGAGGGCCGGGAGGCUUGAAAAUGUUUUGAUUCAGAUGGUGGUGGAAGACUCUGUGGAGAGUGAAGAUGGUGGCAAAAUGAUCGUGAGAGAAAUGGAACCAUAUGAAGUUGAUUCAAUCAUAAUGAAGUCUAUAAGACACUGGGUUCAACAAAAAUUGAACUUGGGGAAAGAACUUCUUGAAAAAGCUAAAGAAACUGAAACAUGGAACCCAAAGUCGAAGAACGAGCCUUAUGCACAAACUGCAGUGGAGCUAGUGAAACUUACAAAGAUAGCACUGGAUGAAUUCUUUGAAAUUCCAAUAACUAUACCCGAGGUCUUGAUUCACAAAAUAGCUGAGGGUUUAGAGUAUUUACUCCAGGAAUACACCACAUUCGUUUCAUCUUGUGGUUCGAAACAGAGCUAUAUUCCCACUCUGCCUCCUCUCACACGCUGCAACCGGGACCCGAAGUUCUUCAAGUUGUGGAAGAAAGGCGGCCUUUGCACAGCUCCCAUGGAAAAUUUGAUCAACAUUGCUUCUACUAGUUCUAAUGAAGAAAGCCAUCCCCGGCCCUCAACCAGUCGUGGAACACAACGCCUGUACAUUCGCCUCAACACCUUGCAUUACCUUCUUUCACAGCUCCACAAUUUCGACAAAAUACUUACUUUAUCCCCUAAUAUUGUUCCCUCCAACAGCCGUGGUCACCAGCCUGGCAAUUCCUACUUCGACGAAACAAGAAUUGGCAUUCAGUCUGCCACACGACACGUCUCAGAAGUUGCAGGCUAUCGUCUCAUAUUCCUUGAUUCAAACUCUAUAUUUUAUGGGAGCAUAUAUGUUCAUGGUGUAGAGAAUGCACGUAUAAAACCAGCUGUGAGGAUUCUCAAACAAAACCUAAUACUUUUAGGGGCAAUAUUAAUAGAGAAAAUUCAAGCAUUGGCUAUAAAAGAAGUAAUGAAGGCAUCCUUCGAUGUAUUCCUUAUGAUUUUGCUAGCUGGAGGGGGUACUCGGGUUUUUACUAGGCAAGAACACCCUAUGAUUGAGGAGGAUUUUGAUAGCUUAAAGAAACUUUUUUCUACAGCUGGUGAAGGAUUGCUUGCGGAAGAUUUGGUGGAUAGGGAGGCAGAGAUAGCGGAAGGUGUAGUGGCGUUGAUGGGACAGUCCACAGAACAGCUUGUGGAAGAUUUUGGUAGAGUUUCAACUGAGACAUAUGGGGUAAGUGCAGUUGGGGCAGGGCAAAAACUGUCUAUGCCACCAACAACAGGAAGAUGGAGUAGGUCGGAUCCGAAUACUAUAUUAAGAGUCCUGUGCCAUAGAAAUGAUCAAGCAGCUAGCAAUUACUUGAAAAGAACAUUCCAAUUACCAAAGAGGAGGUAAAGAGAUUAUUUUUCCAAAUUUGCAAACAAGAAUAUAGAAAACUGGACUUGAAUAAUUGUGUUCCUACCCCUAUGUUCUUCAUGUGAAGUGUAAGUGUAAACUGAAACAUUCUUUUU